AUGGGCUACCCAGAGACCGCUACGGGCUUCGUUGUCAGAGAUCCCAAGCAAUGGCAAUCCUUCCACAAGGAAGAGUUCAAGCUGAAGACAUUCGAAGAGGACGAUGUGGAUAUCGCCAUUGAUGCAUGCGGUGUCUGCGGCUCCGACGUACACUCUAUCACUGGCGGCUGGGGAGAAACCCCUCUUCCUCUCUGUGUCGGACACGAGAUCAUCGGUCGUGCCGUCAAAGUCGGCAGUAAGGUCAAGGAUAUCAAGGUUGGUGACCGUGUUGGUGUAGGCGCCCAAGUCGGUGCCGACCUAAACUGCGACAACUGCAAGGCAGAUCAGGAGAACUAUUGUCCCAACCAAAUUGACACAUACGGUGCCAAGUACGAGGAUGGCACCGUUUCUCAGGGAGGGUUCUCUUCGCACAUCCGAGUACAAGAGUAUUUCGUGUUCAAGAUCCCUGAGAACCUUGAUACCGCCAUUGCAGCCCCUAUGCUGUGUGCUGGUCUGACAACUUAUUCCCCUCUGGUCCGUCUCGGGUGCGGUCCUGGUAAGAAGGUCGGUAUCGUCGGAAUUGGAGGACUCGGCCACUUCGCACUCAUGUGGGCACACGCCCUCGGUGCGGAGGUCUUUGCAAUUUCUCAUACCAAGGACAAGGAGGAAGAUGCUAAGAAACUUGGUGCUGACCACUUCAUCUAUUCCGGAGAUAAGGAUUGGGCCAAGCCAUACGCGUUCAAGUUCGAUUUCAUUCUCAAUUGCUCCGACAUGACACAAGAAUUCGACAUGUCCACAUAUCUUGGUACUCUGAAGGUCAUGGGUCGCUUCCACAACGUUGGUCUUCCCGACUACGACCUUCCCGCUAUGAAGGCUCAGGAUUUUGCACCGAAUGGAUCAUACAUUGGUGCCAGUCACAUUGGUAACCACCCUGAAAUGGUCGCUAUGCUGGAGCUUGCUUCGAAGCAGAACAUCAAGUCCUGGAUUGAGACUAUCCCCAUCUCGGCCGAGGGCUGCGCCAAAGCUGUCACUGGCGUCAAGGAGAACAAGGUCCGCUACCGCUACACUCUCACCGAGUUCGAUGAGGCAUUCGGCAAGCGCUACUAA